CCUGACAGCCACGAGCUGCCAAGCAGGGUGCAGCCAUGGGAAGGGGAGGCGGUCUAGGGAGCGGCGGCACUGGCGGAGGCGGCUGCUACAGCGGCAGUGGCGGCGACGGCUGCUGCUGAGCCCCGGCAGCCGCGGGGACCCCGGGCUAGGGUCACGCGAGCCUGAGGCCUAGGCGCCAGCGGCCCCCACGAGGACGCAAACCGGCGGUCUGUCUCCUGAAGCGAAGCUCUGAGGUGUCGUCGGUAUGGCUCGUUGGUGGGUGUUCUUAACCCUGGUACUGGCCAUCUCCAGCAACACGUUUCUUGGAAAUGCAGUUACACCAGCUACUGGGGCAGCAAUUUUACCAUUUGAUCUGAAAAAACAUCCAAGCCUGGAGACAAAUCCUUCUGGGGAGCUUCAACUCAAGUGCCGUUCUCCUGAGCUGGAGACAUUCACAUGCUACUGGACAGAAGGAGAUAAUAAAAAGUUAAAGAACCCGGGAACUACUAGGCUGUACUAUUAUAAAAGAACCCUUCAUGAACAGACCCCGAAGUGGAAAGAGUGUCCUGAUUAUGUCUCUGCUGGAGAAAACAGCUGUUACUUCAACCCAUCGUUCACCUCCAUUUGGACAAUCUACUGUGUCGUGUUAAUCGAUAAUGAUUAUAUAGUUUCCAACCAAAUGUGUUUUAGCAUUGAAGAAAUAGUGAUACCUGAUCCACCCGUUGGCCUCACCUGGAAUUUACUAAACAUCAGUUUGACCAAGAUUUAUGGAGACAUCAAAGUGAGUUGGCAAGCACCACCCAGUGCAGACGUGAAGAAGGGGUGGGUAGUUCUGGAGUACGAAGUUCAGUUCAAAGAAGUCAAUGAAACUACAUGGAGAGUGAUUGGCCCUAUCUGGGGAACAGACACUUCACUGUAUGCUAUGGUACUGGGAAAGGAAUAUGAACUACGUGUGAGAACCAGACAACGCAGCCUUGGGUCUUUCAGCGAUUUCAGUAACAUACUCCACAUAACAUUUCCUCCAGCGGACACACUGACCUGUAAAGAAGAAGAUUUCCAGUUUCCAUGGUUCUUAAUUAUUAUCUUUGGAAUAUUUGGAGUAGCAGUGAUGCUAAUUGUAGUUAUUUUUUCAAAACAGAAAAGGAUUAAGAUGCUGAUUUUACCCCCAGUCCCAGUUCCAAAGAUUAAAGGAAUUGAUCCAGAUCUUCUCAAGGAAGGAAAAUUGGAGGAAGUGAACACUAUCUUAGGCAUUCAUGAUAACUACAAACCUGACUUCUACAAUGAUGACUCCUGGGUUGAGUUUAUUGAACUAGACAUUGAUGAUGCAGAUGAAAAGACUGAAGGGUCAGACACAGACAGACUUCUAAGCAACAACCAUGAGAAAUCAAUUAAUAUCCUCGGAGCAAAAGAUGAUGAUUCUGGGCGUACCAGCUGUUACGAUCCUGAUAUUUUGGACACUGAUUUCCACACCAAUGACAUGUGUGAUGGUACCUCAGAGUUUGCUCAGCCACAGAAGUUAAGAGCAGAAGCUGAUCUCUUGUGCCUUGACCGGAAGAAUCUGAAGAACUCGCCUUCUGAUGCUUCCCUUGGCUCUCUGCACCCCUGUACUACGCCAACAGUGGAAGAAGACAAACCACAGGCACUUGUGAGCAGUGAAACUGAGUCAACCCACCAACUGGCCUCUACCCCGAUGAGCAAUCCUGCUUCACUGGCAAACACUGACUUUUACGCCCAAGUAAGUGACAUCACACCAGCAGGCAGUGUAGUCCUUUCCCCAGGCCAAAAGAUUAAGGCGGGGAUAGCCCAGUGCGACAACCAACAGCCAGAGGUGGGUGCUCUCGGCCAAGAAAAUUACGGCAUGAACAGUUCCUACUUCUGUGAGGCAGAUGCCAAAAAGUGCAUCACUGUGGCCCCUCACAUGGAGGCCAUGUCAUGUCUAAAAACAAGCUUUAACCAAGAGGACAUUUACAUCACCACAGAAAGCCUUACCACUACUGCACGCAUGUCCAAGACAGCGGAGCUUGCUCCAGAUGCGGAGAUGGCUAUCCCAGAUUACACCGCGGUUCACACCGUGCAGUCUCCACAGGGCCUUAUACUCAACGCAGCUGCUUUGCCUUUGCCUGAUAAAAAGAAGCUCCUCUCCUCCUGUGGCUAUGUGAGCACAGACCAACUGAACAAAGCCAUGCAGUAGCCUCUACUAUCUUUAAUAGCAAAGAAAUGGCUGGGCAUGAACGCUUAAACCAAAAACUGUGUUUUCAGUCUGUGUUGGGAGAGUGUGAGGAUGAAUGUGGAUUUGAAAAUUCCUUUUCUGGAAAUGUAGAAACAUUAUCAUAAGACGGAAAAUCAAGAAUGCUUAAUCAGAUAGAUACUCCCAUUGUGAACUAUAAAUAUUUUUAAAAAUUGUCUCUAGGACUGUUUAGUGGCAGUGAUUGUUCUGUGGGGUCUUAAUUUCGUGAUAUUAAGCAUUAAAUAGCUAUGUUUUUCAUGUAUGUAAAUCAUGCUUUUUGAAAAAGCAAAACAAUCAGAUGGCUUUUGCAGUUCAGGAAAUUGAAUGCAGAUUAUAGCACAGGCUAAUUUCUUUUUCUUUUUUAAAAAUAACUGGCAACUAAAACUAAGUGAGAAGGUAAACCUAGUUUGGAUAUGCAAACAUUUAUUUUGACAUAAAAUUGAUACAGAUAUUUUUAAUAAUUUACACUUUAAGCAUGGAUAUUUUAUAAUAUACUACACGCAUAUUGUAGUUCACAACAAUCCAUUCAAGAAUGUAACAAUUACAGUGUAAAGAGGGUUUAGUGCUUUGGUCAAUGAACCUACCUAAAGAAAAACAAACAAGUUAGAUUUUUACAAAGCCCUUUUUAUAACUCCCAGAAAUUCUUUAAUCUAAAAUGUCUAAUGACAUGCAUUAUUGGAAUAAACAUAAAUUUUUAAACAAAUAUUUUUUAAUUUAAAAAAGUUAAAAGUUUUAUACGGAUCAACAAACAUAUCAUACACCAAACAAUAACAGAAUGGUAAUGAUGAAAGAAAUGCUUUCUUCACCAAAUUUAAGUUCAAGCCACAGGGCUACAAGUCAGAGAAGUAUGAGUGAUGGUGUUAUGCUUGGCUAGGAUGUGGAAACGCAGCAGGAGCGCACAGAGUCGGGUUCU